CGCUUGUUUAGCAAUCCUAACAGAAAUAACUGCUACAAAUAACUUCUUUGUUUUUACAUGGGUAUUGUGUUUGCAUGUGAGUUUUGUGAAAUGGACAGAGCAGUCUUGCUUUGAUUUUGACCUAGAUUCCUCCUGAUUAUUCCAAUACAGCUAGUACCUGCUUAUUUCCUACUGUGAAAAUAGGAGAACAACUGUUGAUGCUAUCUUGCUGGGACUGCAUGUGCAGUAGGCGCGCAUGUCCAGUCCUCUCUCCUCCUCCUCCUCGGCUUCCUUAGUAAUGGAUAAAAUAGCACUGGGGGCCAAAGAAGGUGCAAGCCUGUAUUUCCCCUCCUGUGAAUUUUCAUUCUUUGAGGGUUUGAGUCACAGAAAAUAGGAGGGGGAAAAAGAGUAGAAUGAGUGAAUUUAUUUCCAUCUCCCUAUUUGGCAUGCAAAUUUUGCACACUUACAGGGAUGAACAGGGCCGUAAAACAAGUCACACAUCCACCUUAUUGCAUAAUUGCUGGAAACUCAGUGUCAGCAGGUGCCAAUCCUCCUUAGAGUGGCUUGUACCAUCUAGUUUCUAGUCCAGUUUUCUAUAUUGGUUGUCAGCACUUCAGUUUGCAGUGUAACCCAAGGAUUGAAUUAAAUGCCCAGGACACAGGCUCACUGUUUGGGAUGCAGGCAGCACAAACUACCAGAAGCAGGGCAGGCAGUAGGUCCUGAUCUUUUCUGUGGAGGUGGCCCAUGCACUCACUCUAUGCAUUCCUGGGUGUUCCUGUCUUCCCACCAUGGGCAAGGGUGCUGCCUGGGGAUGCUGCUCUUGUCCCUGUGCCAGAGCCAUGAGACUGUGGAAAUACUAUCCAUAUUAUGCUUACCUGUAAAUGGCAUAUAACCCACUGGCCUCAAUACCCUGGAGAAAAUGUGCACUUCAGCCACUGCGUGGAGUUCAGGCAGAUCUGCAAAGUCCAAUCUUACAUGCACCAGCGUUAAUGGCGGAGGUCCCAUUCAGCUUAAUUAAUAUUCCUAUAAACAUCUGCAGGUUUCUGUUUCUAGUGGAGACUACAGCUGGGGGGACUUCUUAAAGGGAUGUUUUGCAUAUUGAGGUUGAAAGGGAAGUUGAGCCUGAUACAUUAACUUAUCAUCUGUGUCAUUCUCUUGACAUCAUUUGGAUUACUACAAGCAUAAAUGACAGGCAGAUUAGGUGCAAGAUCUUCACACACACAUCCGUUUUUAGCAUGUUGAUCAGUGGAGAUCAGAGUUACUUCUCUGAAAACCUUGUUCUAAGUCAAGUCCCGGCAAGCACAAACCUGUGCGUGCAUGUACAAGUGGAGCAAGGCCUAUCCUUUACAAUACAUUUUUUUUCCUUUAAUAUGUAGGAUCUAGAUCUCUUAUAAUAACUUGGCCAUUAGGGGAAAGAAAAUGGAACUUUUCUCAAACAGUUUUUCUGUUGGGGAAUCUAGUGGCAGUUGCUUUGAAGCAUGUGUAAUUGAUUAUCAUACAUUUAUUUUAAAAAUAAGACAUAACAAGGAAUCUAACAUGAUGUUUUGGAAUAUAUCUUCUCCCCACAAUGUUCUUGAGGGAUAUGUAAGGUUGCAGGCAUCAUUUCAUGCCCUGUAUGUUUUUGAACAUAAAUCAAAGAAAUUGUUGGAGAGUUAUAGAUGUUCAUAGCAACUGUAGCUAUAAUAAACACAUGCAGUAUAUAUUUUCCAAGCUAUUUUGUAUGGGUGAAAAGCUGAAGCUGGCGUUUUGUAUGAACAAUUCAACUUAAUCACUGAAAAUUUAUUUCCUAGUUAGGGUGGUUUACCAGCAUAGCAGGAAGUUGUAUACCUUCAUUUAGGUUCAUCUAGUUAUGAAGGCUCAGUUAAGAUUGGAAAAGAAUUUAAAUUGGAUCUAGAUACCUUGAAUGAAUUAUUCCCAAUGCCAAAUUUAUCUUGAUGCUUCCAUGGUGAUAUUUAUAUCUAUAUUAUCACCUAUAUUGGUUUCAAUGAAUGCUGGAUAUUUUGGAGAGCAAAGAAAAUAUAAGAACAGUGUGAAAACCCAAACAUUUUUAAUUGUACUUGUAGCAAAAAAUACGAGCAUAUUUAAUACAAUGCGACAGAGAAUCUUGAAUGACUGGGAAGUGCAGAGCAUCUAAUGGGAACAGCAAGUAGCUUAGGCACAUGCAGUUCCCGAUGAUUGUAUUAGUUUUGGUUUAAAGUCUUGAUAGAUGAAAAGGGAAAAGCAACUAUUAUGGAGGUGUUUCAAUGAGAAGAAUUUAGCCACUCAUUUUGUGAUGAAUGCAGAAGGUGUUCCAUAUGUUGAUUAGGAUCCAUGUGCAUUUAAAAGUUAAAAAGAAAAUCCUGUAGUCACAGUUAUUAUGUAUAUGGAUAGACGGAGGAAAGGACACAUUUGGGACCUGUGCAGGAAUCAGACAGGUCUAGAUGAACAGUGUCAGACUUAAUUUUUAAGCAAAGUCCUCAAUUUUUAAGCAAAUUUUUAAGUGUCUGAAUAAAACAGGUAGGAUAUAUUUCUUGGAGUCUCUGUGUACUGUUGGAUUCUGAGACUCAUAAUUAAAACUGAUACUGCUUAUUGAAAAUCUUGAGACUAGCUGAACGGUGUGACUUGAAAAGUGUCAUUAUGCUUCUGCUGGACUUCUGUUUCAUCGCAGUUACCUUCAGUUGUUCCUCUUUAAUUACAAGAGCCAGAAAUCUCUUUUUAAAUGAGAAAGCAUGUCUCUUAUUCCUUGACUGCUGGAAACAAGGUUUUAAAAUCUAAAACAAAUAUUUGUGUAAAAACUGAGAAUUUGCUCUGAUUUAGUAAUUUGUAGCAUUAGCUGUAAAUGCCUUCUUGAUGAUAUGUUUGAAUUUUAAGGCCAUCAUGAAUUAAACAAGCUUUCUAAGUUGUUACAAGUGACAGACGUCAGGAAGACAGGGCAUGGCCCGUCUUGGACACUUGUACUAGUUUAGACUUUAGAAGAGCAGGCAGUGGGGUUGGCUUCCAAGGGCCACCCUUUCUACUGGGGAUGGGAGGGAUGGAGACCUAGAGCUUCUGACAUCACGUUAGCUCAGGGUCAGCCUCCCCUUCAUUUCUGUCCUAGCUCUUACUCCCCAUCCUCCCUGAACGUAUUUAGCGGUCCUGCCUUAAUGGCCAGACUACUUUACCCUGCCCUCUGAAGGUUGGAAAAUAGGCUUUGAAUUGUUACUGUUCUGCUUGCUGGAUACAAUGCUGUGAAAACAAAAUUCAAUGAGAAAAUCAGAAGGGAGAGAAAAGGGAAGUCAGGGUUGAGGUGUAAAGCUGCAGGUUGAGGUGUAUCUGGGAAAGCUGGGAGGAGAAAGAUUUUGGAAUUCCAGUUUGUCCCAUGUUCAGGACCUGUGUAUACUUUUACAAAAGAAGGUAGCUGAAGGAGCUUUGUCCCUGGAUCUGUAUUGACCCCCAGCUGUGGCAAGGGGGCAUGGUUAUAUAGGGGAGGUAAGGAGGAGUGGAGUCAAACUCGGAGUGGAUGUCCUCCAGCCUUGACAAGUGGGUCUGUGUGGGGUAGGACUGCUGGAUGUGGUUGUAUUACUGCUCAUGCAGCAUUCAGAAGUGUCAGCUUUUCUGUACUGACAUUUGGGUAUUUAGAGGCUGUUGAGGAGGAAACUUCAUUCACUGAAAUUCCUGCUUCCACUGGGAUUUUAAUUUUUUUUUUUUACUUGUCUUAAAUUAGUGCCUUGAGUUUCACCUGGCAAAAAGAACUUGUUUUACUCUGUGCUGAAUUUCAAACAGAAAAAAACCCUCAUUUGCUAUGCUAGAGUCAAAAGGGACCAGGUGGACAAGUGCUGUGAGUAAGUUUUGUGCAGUGUGGGCAGCAGGCUGGGCACUGGAGCACAGAGAGCAGGCGGUUCAAGGUCACUUAUGGCCCUUCAUAUGGCACAUCUGGGAGCAGGAUGCACAGCUGUGAGCUUUAGUCCUUACUUUUCUUAAGCAUGCAAUCCCUUUCUCACAGCUUAAGCAACAGAGGGACAGAAGCUGUGCUUUUGCAACAUGCAUUAAAUGUGGUGGUGUCAGUUUAGGCAGGGAAAGGUGAGGUUAUGUGUUGGAGGUGACGCAGGCAGGCAGUGAGUCCUGCCUCAUAGCCAAGACUUUGAGUCGCUGCCUUGCAGUGUCCCUUGAGAGAAAAGAGCAAAAUUAAACCUGCUGAUGCCACCACACACUUUCGUUUCUCUGGUGUGACACAGUCCAGGAGUGGACAGUAUCCUUCUCCCAAAGGAGAGAGACAAAUCUGGGAGAAAUGCACGUUGAAUCAAUAUGGUUACCCUCCUGUAAAUGGUGCCUACUUUUAACAAAAAUUAUUUUACAUGUUUCACUGAUCAUAUUUUGCUUCUUCUUACCUUUUUUUAAUUUGAAGGGGGGUGAGGACAUGUUUUAGAAAAUUGGGCUACAAGCCCUUACACUUGUUUGUGCUUGUGAAUGAGUGUGUGCAUACGUGUGCAACGUGCAUACACAGACUUGGAUGUUGUGUAUGCACAGGAUCUCAAUUAUUUUGCUGUUUGAAUCACAGAGCAUGUUGCCUUGAUGUAGUGUCAGUUUUGGUUUCUGUCCUUUGGAAUAAAGUUCAAAAUAUUAAAGAAAUAACACACAAUAUACUAGUAGCUAGAAUAGUCAUAGUGCCUGAAGGGAAAAAAGGGUGGUGAUUAAUCAGUUUCACAAAUGCCCAGGAAAAAGCCUCAACUCCUCCUAACCAAACCCUGCAAUGGUGCACUUUUAGAAGGGAUUCUUCUAAAUUUUGUUUCUGAGGUUUUCUGGCUAUCCUGGAGAGAGGAGUAGGUUCUGUUUGGGAAGCAGCAUGCAAUCUCUACAGUCAUGCUCUGACUGAGUGCCAGGGGAAUGUGUGGUCCCAGUUGUUCUUUGGAGAAUCACCCUGGGCUAAAUGGUGAAACAGCUACAUCUAAAUUAAUUAUUGAUAAUUCUUUAACAUAAAAUGUGAGGAUGCGUUUGGAGUAUUGCUUCCCAGUUAAGAGCUGAAAUAGUUCUAGUAGAUGUAUUCUUUUUAAAUGUUGCUUUUCUGGUCUUACCACUUUGCUUGGACAGCAGUAAGAGCUGCAGAAGCUGGUACAGGUUCUGCCCAUGCCUGGUUUGGUUCUGGAGGGCCAAGGCAGGAGCUAAGGGGCCACUAACAGAUAUUUGAAGCCAUACUAAAGCUGUGGUCAGAAUACCAAAUUUUGCAGAAUUUGGGACGUUAUGCUCCAUGGUUUUAGUCCAACAGGGACCAGGCUAGAUCUGACUCUAGAUAAAAUACAAAUGAAAAGGAUGAGCCACCUUCCACUCCCCAAAUAUUUUGAUUUGUACUCUGUAUCAGAAAAAAAAACACUGAGCAGUGCGUGACUGAUGCAGGGCAGGCUCAGGAUUAAUUUAGGAUAAACAGGAUGCCUGUUGCACUUAAUUUAGAAAUUCUAAGGCAGAAAAUGCUUUUGAGUGCAGCUAACAGCUUCUCAUCUGCAAAUGCCACAAUCAAGACAAAGCAAAAGAUACUGUGGCAAAUUCUGCAGUUCACAGUCCUGACACAGUCAGAACCUCCUAUUGCAGUGAGGGAGACUUGUGCUUGUAUCACGGCUGCCUGGGAUGCAGGAUUUCAGAAUGGCAUUAAUAAAAAUAAUGCAGUAAAUAUACAAUUUCAAAAGUCCUGCAGGACAUGCAGCAAAUGCCGGCAGUUUGAACUGGGUGAAGUUGUCAAAGGUUGCUUUGCUCUCCAGAGCCUGGCAGUAGCUCCACUGAAAUGUGAUGCCAUUGGUUUUCAGCAAAGGUUUCUUUCUGCAGGGCUGCAAACAGAGAUCAGCUGCUACUGUGUGUACACAACUAGGGAGCAAAUCAAGCAGCACAUUUAAGCAGCCUUUUUAACCCUGAGACUUUCCAAGAUUUCUUUUUCACGCAGGAAGUUUCCUUUAUAUUGUCAGCAGUAGCACUUUGCUCAUGUAAUGAGAUCAGAGCUAGGAUCACUGCUGCACAGUAGAAAGACUUCCUUAAGACAUUUGUCCUUGAAACUGCACCAAACUCUUGGAAGAACCGAGAACCUGAUUUGCUGACAUUUGGGCUGUUUCAUUGCCAGAGGAGGCUUUGUGUGUCCCAAAGGAAGUGAGUGAUCUGGCCAUAACAAAUCCUGCCAAAAUAUUUUAACACCGUUACGAUUUUCUAAUGCAAUGCGUAGUGAAUGUGACUAGAAAAGGAUGGCUUCUCUGCAGAAUGUCAAGCAAAGAUCGACACAUUGAUUCCAGCUGUUCGUCGUACAUCAAGACGGAACCGUCGAGCCCCGCCUCUCUGACGGACAGCAUCAACCACCACAGCCCCGGUGGCUCCUCCGACGCCAGCGGGAGCUACAGUUCCACCAUGAAUGGACAUCAGAACGGGCUGGACUCGCCUCCCCUCUACCCCUCGGCCACAGGGCUCGGGGGCAACGGGCCAGUCAGGAAACGGUAUGAUGACUGCUCCAGUACCAUUGCUGAAGACUCACAGACCAAGUGUGAAUAUAUGCUGAACUCGAUGCCCAAAAGACUGUGUUUGGUGUGCGGUGACAUUGCAUCAGGGUACCACUAUGGAGUGGCCUCCUGCGAGGCCUGCAAGGCUUUCUUCAAGAGGACAAUUCAAGGUAACAUAGAGUACAGCUGCCCAGCAACGAAUGAAUGUGAAAUCACAAAGCGCAGACGCAAGUCCUGCCAAGCCUGCCGCUUCAUGAAAUGUCUAAAAGUUGGCAUGCUGAAAGAAGGUGUGCGCCUAGACCGAGUACGUGGAGGUCGCCAGAAGUACAAGCGCAGAAUAGAUGCAGAGAACAGCCCAUACCUGAACCCUCAGCUAGUUCAGCCAGCAAAAAAGCCAUAUAACAAGAUUGUCUCCCAUUUGCUGGUGGCUGAACCAGAGAAGAUCUAUGCUAUGCCUGACCCCACUGUUCCAGACAGUGACAUCAAAGCACUUACCACUCUUUGUGACCUGGCAGACAGAGAACUGGUGGUGAUCAUUGGAUGGGCUAAGCAUAUUCCAGGAUUCUCCACUUUGUCUCUAGCUGACCAGAUGAGCCUUCUGCAGAGUGCUUGGAUGGAGAUCUUGAUUCUUGGUGUUGUAUACCGGUCGCUUUCUUUUGAGGAUGAGCUCGUAUAUGCUGAAGAUUAUAUCAUGGAUGAAGACCAGUCCAAAUUGGCAGGCCUUCUUGACCUUAACAAUGCCAUACUGCAGCUGGUAAAGAAAUACAAGAGCAUGAAGCUGGAGAAAGAAGAAUUUGUCACCCUCAAAGCUAUAGCACUUGCUAAUUCAGACUCAAUGCACAUAGAGGAUGUUGAGGCAGUGCAGAAACUUCAGGACGUCUUACAUGAGGCUCUGCAGGAUUACGAGGCCGGGCAGCACAUGGAAGAUCCUCGGCGUGCAGGCAAGAUGUUGAUGACUCUCCCGCUUCUGAGACAAACCUCCACCAAGGCUGUGCAGCAUUUCUACAACAUCAAACUGGAAGGCAAAGUCCCCAUGCACAAACUUUUUUUGGAAAUGCUGGAGGCCAAGGUCUGACUAAAGCAUCAUGGGCUUCCCCAUCAUGCACGUUUUAAAAAAAAAAAAAAGAAAAAAAAAAAGGGAAAAUAAACAGGAUAAUAAUGGCAAAGAAACUUAGUGUUUAAUUAAGGAAAAAAUGACUAAAUGACUGCACUGAUAUUUAGCAGCAAGACUGUGAAGCAGCUUUCAACUUUUUCUUCUGUGUCUUUCUGAUGCAGUUUUUUCUUUUCCUUUUCUCCCUUUUCCUUUCUGUUCUUUCCUUUCCUUUUUUCCUUUUCCUCUUUUUUUUUUCCUUUGCUGCUGAACUUUUUAAAAGAGGUCUCUAAUUGAAGAGAGAUGGAAGCCAGGCCUGCCAAAGGAUGGAAAUCCAUAAUAUGGAUGCCAGUGAACUUAUUAUGAACCAUGAUGUCCCCAAUGACAAAGGAAUCAAAGAGAGAAGCACCGUACCUAGCAGUACAGUACAACACGAUGAACUGACUGAAUGCAGUAUUAGAUUUCAUAGGAGCAGUCUCUAAUUAGACGACUAAAGCGACGAUGCAUCGGCUGCUUCUUAUCAUUGCAUUUUCCAUCUAGAUCAGUUACAGCCAUUUGAUUCCUUAAUUGUUUUUUCAAGUCUUCCAGAUAUUUCUUAGGUUAGCUACAAUAUAACUUUUUCAGGGAAUAGUUUAAGCUUUAUUCAUUCAUGCAAUACUAAAGAGAAAGAAAUACUGCAUUUUUGUGCUGGCUUGAACAGUGAUGAACAAUAAUGAAGGACAAAUGAAUCCUGAAGGAAGAUUUUUUUAAAUGUUUUGUUUCUUCUUACUAAUGGAGAUUUUUUUGUACCAGCUUUACCAGUUUUCAGCCAUUUAUUAAUGUGGGAAUUUAUCUUACUAAAGCAAUAGUCGAAGGGAAGGUGCAUAUUAUCACGGAUGCAAUUUAUGUUGUGUGCCAGUCUGGUCCAAAACAUCCAGUUUCUUAACAUGAGCUCCAGUUUAUAACUAAAUGUUCACUGACUCAAAGGAUUAGAUUACACCUGCAGUAUAGCCGAGUAGUCUACCAUAUAAAUACUCCAUGUCAAAUACCAAUCCGUAACGGUGUUAGGAGACAGCGACUGCGCAGGGGCGCGGUCGCCGCGUGAUUUCUAACUGCUUCAGUUGCAAAUGAACAAGAUACUACUGCCUGUUUGCAAAAUUGUAACCUCACAUGCAGAAAAACCCUACGAACCAAUAGUAGCUUAGAGGCAAUGAGGCGAAUGCCGCCAUUUGCAAAAUUAAGAAAUCAGAGUAGUAGACUUCUGACCAAAUUGAAGAAUUUAACACUUCUAUACCUUAUUUAUUGAUUUAGAUUUUCAUUUGUAAAUGGCGAUCCUUAACAAGUAGCUAAACCAGUGUAUGUGCUUUUCAACCAGUAUUGUCACAGCAUGAAAGUCAGUCAGUUUCAAGACUGUUACGAGGUGUAAUCUAAUGUAUAAACCGAUUAGAUGCCCCCAGAAAACUACAGUCGCUAAAUAACCAAUAAACAAUAACCUCCAUCAAAUGCUAUACCAAUGUACCAGUGUUAGUAGCUGCUCCCUGUACUAUGUGAACAUCCUUAUUCUAUGUACACAGAUGUAAUUAAAAUUGUAAUCCUAACAAACAAAAGAAAUGUAGUUCAGCUUUUCAAUGUUUCAUGUUUGCUGUGCUUUUCUGAAUUUUUAUGUUGCAUUCAAAGACUGUUGUCUUGUUCUUCUUGUGGUGUUUGGAUUCUUGUGGUGUGUGCUUAUAGACACAGGGUAGAAUUAGAGACAAUAUUGGAUGUACAAUUCCUCAGGAGAUUACAGUAGUAUAUUCUAUUCCUUACCGGUAAUAAAGUUCUUCCUAGUAAUAAUUAAGAGAUCGAAACUCCAAACAAAUACUCGUUAUGAACAGAUACACACUGAAAUCAUAAUAUUUUCAAAACAAGGGAUAAUUUCUGUAACACUUUAUUAUAGAAUACCAAUGUAUAGCUUAGAAAUAAAACUUUGAAUAUUUCAAGAUUAUAGAUAAGUCUAAUUUUUAAAUGCUGUAAAUAUAGCUUUUAUUCAAUCAUCUCUCAGAUGUUGUUAUUAACUCGCUCUGUGUUGUUGCAAAACUUUUUUGGUGCGGACAAGUUUCCAAAACUAUUGCUACGUUGUGUGCUUUAAACAAAAUAACAAUGGGCCGAUGCUCUCUCAGCCCACAUGCUAGGAAAAAGAAAAAAAAACUGUGUAUCUAUCAUUAGCUAUAUGGGACUAUAUUGUAGAUUGUGUUUUCUCAGUAGAGAAGUGACUGUAGUGUGAUUCUAGGUAAAUCAUCAUUAGCAAUUCAUUCAGAUGGUCAAUAACUUGAAAUUUAUAGCUGUGAUAGGAGUUCAGAAAUUGGCACAUCCCUUUUGAAAAAUGUCAAAAAAAAUAAUACAACUCCUGGGAAAAAGGUGCUGAUUCUAUAAGAUUAUUUAUGUAUGUAAGAGUGCAAAAAAAAAGUUUAUUUUCCAGAAAGUUUGUGCAGGGUUUAAGUUGCUACUGUUCAAGUACACUAUAUAUAUAUAAAUAUAUAAUAUAAAUAUUGUUUUUGCUGUAUCACAUUAAAGAACUUGGGCUUCAGGGUCAAAAGCCAAUCAACUAGAAGUAUACAAAAAACACACAAAAAAUGGAGAUGUGUUAAAGGCACACGGUGCAAACUUUAGUUUUCAUUUUCCGUAGUUUUUUGGAGCUGCAAAAGAACAAGUAUCUCAAGACUGUAAAACCAUUACCUGAAACUUAGCUAAAAAGAACUGCACGGGCUUUAUAAUAUUGUUCAUCUUAAACCUUGCUGGAGAAGAGUUCUUUCAAGACCACUUGCUUAAUGUGAAGUGUUGGGAAAAUUUCAAAGGGUGUAUGUUUUAGCCAUAACAAUUUAAUUUCUAUUUUUGCUUCAUUUUUUAAUUUUUUCUUAUUUAAAGCAAUAUGAUUGUGUAACUCCCAGAAGUUACACAUUUGUUUCAAUCAGAUCAGAUUGUUGUAUUUAUUCCACUAUUUUGCAUUUAAAUGAUAACAUAAAAAGAUAUAAAAAAUUAAAACUGCUAUUUUUCUUAUAGAAGAGAAAAUGGGUGUUGGUGAUUGUAUUUUAAUUAUUUAAGCGUCUCUGUUUACCUGCCUAGGAAAACAUUUUAUGGCAGUCUUAUCGUGCAAAGAUCGCAAAAGGACAAAAAAAAUUAAACUGCUUAUAAUAAUCCAGGAGUUGCAUAAUAGCCAGUAGUUAAAAACCGAAACAAAACAACAAAUGAAAACAAACAUGUCUAUAGCUGUAGAUGGGCUUCACAUCUGUAUAGCAAUCAACUGUAUAUUUUUGUGAUGUGUAUCAUACCGUGUGCUCCAACCAAUGUCCAUUUGUGUAAAUGUAUUUAUUUUAUAUUGUAUAUAUUGUUAAAUGCAAAAAGGAGAUAUGAUUCUGUAACUCCAAUCAGUUCAGAUGUGUAACUCAAAUUAUUAUGCCUUUCAGGAUGAUGGUAGAGCAAUAUUAAACAAGCUUCCACUUUU